CAGGUCUACAUCUAGGAUUUGUUUGAAGAUCAGAACUCUCUGCUUUUAUCAACACGGGCUGGCCAAUGGAAGAAGAUCAUGUCAAGAACGAGGAAGAGGAGUUUAACACUGGACCACUAUCUGUUUUAAUGAUGAGUGUUAAAAACAAUACCCAGGUGCUCAUUAAUUGUAGAAACAACAAAAAGCUUCUUGGUCGAGUGAGGGCAUUUGAUCGCCACUGCAACAUGGUUCUUGAAAAUGUCAGGGAAAUGUGGACUGAGGUACCAAAAACUGGAAAAGGCAAGAAGAAGGCCCUCCCGGUUAACAAGGACAGAUUCAUCAGUAAGAUGUUUCUCAGAGGAGAUUCUGUGAUUAUUGUUCUUAGGAAUCCUAAGUAGUAGAUUUUGAUUUGUGAUGAUCUGUACCAACCCUAUGAACACCAUCCCACCAAACAGUAGGUUCGUUCUAAAGGCAUUUCGUAUGUUAUAUACACUUUUGUGAUGCCAUUCCUUCAUACCAAGAUCGGUGGGAGUAUUUAAAUGUUCCCAAUUUAGAGCAACUUCACCUAGAACUUGUAUGUGUUGUAAAUUUAGUGGAUCAUAUUUGAUGAAGUAGAUAAGAGUUGAAUUGUAGGUCUUAUCACCUCUUCAUUUUAAACAUUGAAUGAUAUUUUGGCUUCUAGAGUAUGAAUUGAGUUGUUUGCAUC